AUGAAUGAUAAAAUAAUACAGCCAAGGAGAGGGCGGUCAGCAAUGCAUGCAAUGACUGCUCCUCAGAGUACUCUAGGAAGUCCUCGUGGCCGAAAUAUACGAACAGCAAAAGGAAUCAGACUUAGUUUCGAUUUAACAGGUCUAAUGCAAAAUACACUUAAUCCUGAUGGGGAAGACACUUUAGCAGUUAUAAAACCCGUUUUCAGGCAGUUUAUCGAGAAAAUAUCCGACUUUUUAAAUCAUACUGGUGGAACUAAAGCAAUUCGUGAUGAUUUACAAGGAAUUACUCUAAAAACAGAUGAAUUGUUCUCUACAUUUUACUCUCAAUUAACAAAAUCAGGACGUUCUGCUAUACCAAUUUCAAAAAUUAAAACGAUUUCUUUAACUACAAUGUCUGUUAAAUCCUCUGCUAUUCCAUUUGCUUUAAUAUGGCAAAGAAUCAUCAAACAUAUCAACAGAAUCAAAGAAACAGGUGAAAAAUUAAUUCUUGAUUCAAUUAACGACAAUUUCAACAUAGUUUUGAACUCUUUAGAUUCAAUUAUCAAUAGCAAUGGAUACAAUGCCGGCAUGCAUGAUAAUAAUAUCAAGAAAGCAAGGAAAUUCCAACAAGUUGUUUGGAAUUUACAAAGAAAGGUUCAAGAUUUCUUCAAUAUCAUCAAUGUUGAAAAGAAAUAUCAUGAGAAAGCAAUUACCGAUGAGCUUAAAGUACUUUCUCGUGAUAUUUCCGCUGCUUAUACGAAUGAUUUUUCAAAGAUUGCAGCAGUUUUCUCAGAAAACGAAAACAGCCGUAACAAAAUAUAUACAUGCAUUUGUGAAGUUGUUUUUCAGCUACAUUCUCUCACAAUUUUCUCAGAAGAUGUACUUGCGAUUUCUAAUGCGUAUACAGAUGUUGAUCAGUACAUAAAUGUGAUCGUUGACAGUCUCCAGAUACGAGACAAGCUCAAUGAAACAUCUCCUGAAGAGGAAGAAGAAGAAAUUCCUCGAAAUACAACAAAUUCGCUCAAAAAGUCAAUAAUUGACAGCGAAGGAGAGUAUUUCCUUGUUGACAUGGAGCUCCCUGAGAUUGUCCAUCGAGCAUCAAUAGCUUUCAAACGAGGAAUCACAGACAGAAAGAGAUUUGACGAAUUUAUGUCAGUUUUACGUAAAAAAUCCGAUCUUGUAACAAACGAAAUCAAGACUUGCAAAGACACACUUCAAGAGCAAGCUCCAAAGAUUGCUUCCUACGACGAAAUGGAGAAGAGCCUUCAAGAAGCAACGAAAGAAAUCACUGAGUUCAAAACGCAAUCAUUUAUCCAGAAACAAACAAUAAAAGAUCUCAAAGACAAACUGAAUGAAAUGACGAACAACACGAAUGUCAAUGGCUUGAGAUCGUGUUUGAACGAUGUCUGCACUGUUCUUUCCAACAACACUGAAGAAAUAAAAGCAAAUGGAUCAAAUGAUGACGCAAUCAUCGAAACAACGCGUCAACUCCUUGAAGUUGCAGCGAAAAACAAAUGUUUGAGUUGCCAACAGAACGAAGAAGUAUUUAAGUCUCUGAAACAGUUGUUAGGAUCAGAGAUGUAUGUUGAAGAAGUCCAAAUAUUAAUCAGAAAAUAUAAUGAAUUGUCAAAUCAUUAUACAUCGCAAUCUGACAAAAUUUCGGAAUUGACGGAAGAAAUAAAGACAUUAAGAGAAAGUUUGUAUGCUAUAAUUGGUGAGUUCAAACUCUCUUUGCCUGAUGAAAAGAACUUGCCAACUUUCUCUGUAAUGUGUGUAAAAGAACAAUUGGCAAUUUUGAAUAAUAAGUUUGAAGCUGAAAAAGUUCAUCAUUCUAAGGAUAUUGUUGCUAUUACACAGAUGAUAAAGAAGUCAUUUAACUUGGCAGAAAAUACUUCUUUGGAAUCUGAUAUAGAGAACUUACAAAAAGCGUUUCAUUCCAUUCAAAAUGAAAUGAUAACUCAAUCAAAAUUCUUAAAAACCGUCGAAGAAAGAUUGAAAGCUUUGACCAGAACGUCGGCAACUCCUAAGUCAAUAAUGGAUUCGAUUGAUCAGAUGCUUAGCUUAGUAGAAAACACAGAGAACCCAUUGGAACCUUUAGUUAAAACUUUGAGAAGAACAAUUGCGGAAUCUAAAAAGUGCAUUAACGUUAUUGAACCAAAGAUACAAGAUUUAACUGGUAUAUCACUGGUUAUUAAUCAAGAUCUUGGAAUUGAUCAACGACUUGCAAAUAUUUCCGCAAAUUUGGAAACAUUCUUUGCCAAUCAAUCUUAA